UUCGGCUCUGUCUGUGCGGCGCACACAAAAAACAGUGCUGCGAGUCGGGAGCAAGCACUCUCGCCUCGCCAGAUCGUACGUAUGUGAGCGGGCGCUGAGAGGCAGGGAAAGCAGAUUUUAUUGAUUCGUGUCUGCGUGUUGUCUGUGAGCGGCGGCGGCAGCAGGGUCGUCAAAAUACAGUCGUCAGCCGGCCGACGAAGCGCUCGCUUUUAUGCCCAGCUCGACGUACCCGAGAGGCAGGCCUGGACAAGACAAGUGCGCGGUCGCGCGCUGAAUUCGCCUCCGGACGGAGCAGAGCAGCGGCCGGACGAGCGAGUGAGAGAUAAAGAAAGCGGGCAUUUUGGCACCAGAGGCACGUCCGCCGAAUCGCGAAGAGCGGUGAGGAAUGACGAGCACAGAGAGGAUUACUGCGCCCCUGGGCAGCCCAACAGAGCCUGUCCAAACGAAUCCCACCAUUCUGCAGUCUGGGACAGGCCUGGCAAGGUCUGCUUGUGGCUAUGCACCCCCGGCCGGGCCUACAGGGCCUGGGCCAGUGGGCCCGCCUGCCGUCGGCCCCCCGGCAGGCUUAAACGCUGCCCUGCCUCCAGCAGCGCCUAAUCCUGCGGCACCAGCUGAUGUACCUAUUUUCAUGUGCCCAAGAAGACCAAACUUGGGCCGUGAGGGCCGACCAAUCUUGCUGAAAGCCAACCACUUCCAAAUAACGAUGCCAAGAGGCUUCGUGCACCACUACGAUGUCAACAUACAGCCUGACAAGUGCCCGCGAAAAGUGAACCGGGAAAUCAUCGAGACGAUGGUGCAGGCAUACUCAAAACUGUUCGGCUCCAUCAAGCCUGUGUUCGACGGGCGCAACAACCUUUACACCAGGGACCCGCUGCCGAUCGGCAACGACCGCGUCGACCUGGAAGUGACCUUGCCAGGAGAGGGAAAGGACCGCGUCUUCAGAGUCACCAUUAAGUGGGUGGCGCAGGUGUCGCUUUCAGCACUGGAGGAGGCCCUCGAAGGGCGCACCAGGCAGAUACCGUUUGAUGCCAUCCUGGCCCUGGACGUCGUCAUGCGUCACUUGCCCUCAAUGACCUACACGCCAGUUGGAAGAAGUUUCUUCUCGUCGCCUGACGGCUAUUAUCACCCACUGGGCGGCGGCCGCGAGGUUUGGUUUGGUUUCCAUCAGUCUGUUCGUCCUUCCCAAUGGAAGAUGAUGCUGAACAUUGACGUGUCUGCGACCGCUUUCUACAAGGCCCAGCCCGUCAUUGAGUUUAUGUGCGAGGUGCUCGACAUCAGAGAUGUGAAUGAGCAGAGGAAGCCAUUGACUGAUUCUCAAAGGGUCAAAUUCACCAAGGAAAUCAAAGGUCUGAAAAUUGAGAUCACGCACUGCGGAGCUAUGAGGCGCAAGUACCGCGUGUGCAAUGUCACAAGGCGGCCAGCACAAAUGCAGUCCUUCCCACUUCAGCUGGAAAACGGACAGACGGUGGAGUGCACUGUGGCCAAGUACUUCCUGGAUAAGUACAAGAUGAAGCUGCGCUACCCACACCUUCCUUGCCUUCAAGUCGGACAGGAACACAAGCACACAUACUUGCCCCUUGAGGUGUGCAACAUCGUGGCCGGCCAGCGUUGCAUCAAGAAGCUGACCGACAUGCAAACCUCAACAAUGAUUAAGGCGACGGCCAGGUCCGCGCCAGACAGGGAGCGAGAGAUCAACAACCUUGUGCGUCGGGCUGACUUCAACAACGACUCUUACGUGCAGGAAUUUGGCCUGGCCAUAUCAAACAACAUGAUGGAAGUGCGCGGCCGUGUGUUGCCUCCACCAAAGCUGCAGUACGGCGGCCGAGCUAGCUCAAUCAGUGGCUUGGUAAACAAAUCAAACAAUUACCAGAAACCGGAACCGACUUGCGUGAAGCAGCAAGCGCUUCCGAACCAGGGUGUAUGGGACAUGCGCGGCAAGCAGUUCUUUUCUGGUGUGGAGAUCCGUGUGUGGGCGAUCGCUUGCUUCGCGCCGCAGCGCACGGUGCGUGAGGACGCACUGCGCAACUUCACGCAGCAGCUGCAAAAGAUAAGCAACGACGCCGGCAUGCCGAUUAUUGGGCAGCCCUGCUUCUGCAAAUACGCCACUGGUCCAGACCAGGUGGAGCCCAUGUUCCGCUACCUAAAGACGACUUUCCCUGGGCUGCAGCUGGUGGUGGUGGUGCUACCAGGCAAGACGCCCGUGUAUGCUGAGGUGAAGCGCGUUGGCGACACGGUGCUUGGCAUGGCAACGCAGUGCGUGCAGGCGAAAAAUGUAAACAAGACAUCGCCACAGACGUUGUCCAACCUGUGCCUCAAGAUAAACGUCAAGCUUGGUGGCAUUAACAGCAUCCUUGUGCCCAGCAUCAGGCCCAAGGUGUUCAACGAGCCAGUCAUCUUUUUAGGUGCUGACGUCACCCACCCACCUGCUGGUGAUAAUAAGAAGCCCAGCAUCGCGGCUGUCGUCGGCUCGAUGGACGCGCAUCCUUCGCGCUAUUCUGCCACUGUCCGUGUUCAGCAGCAUAGACAAGAAAUCAUUCAGGAACUUAGUUCCAUGGUCAGAGAGCUGCUGAUAAUGUUCUACAAGAGCACGGGUGGAUACAAACCAAACCGCAUCAUUCUGUAUCGCGAUGGUGUGUCAGAGGGGCAAUUCCUUCAUGUACUAACGCACGAGCUCACCGCCAUCCGAGAAGCGUGCAUGAAGCUGGAGGGUGACUACAAACCCGGCAUCACGUUCAUUGUUGUCCAAAAGAGACAUCACACAAGGCUAUUUUGCGCAGACAAGAAAGAGCAGUCUGGCAAGUCAGGCAACAUCCCAGCAGGAACGACCGUGGAUGUGGGCAUCACGCACCCGACCGAGUUUGACUUCUACCUUUGCAGUCACCAAGGCAUCCAGGGCACAAGCAGACCGAGUCACUACCACGUGCUGUGGGAUGAUAACCACUUUGAUGCGGACGAGCUGCAGUGCCUGACAUAUCAGCUAUGUCACACCUACGUCCGAUGCACUCGCUCUGUCUCAAUCCCUGCUCCUGCCUAUUACGCGCACCUGGUCGCAUUCCGCGCGCGCUACCAUCUGGUUGAGAAGGAACACGACAGCGGCGAAGGCUCACACCAGUCUGGCUGCAGCGAGGACCGCACCCCUGGCGCCAUGGCCCGCGCCAUCACGGUGCACGCAGAUACAAAGAAGGUCAUGUAUUUCGCCUAAGUAUUACGUUCUCCGCAUCUGGCAGCAUAACCUGCAUCAUUGCCUGGGAUCAUUUUUUUUUAUUCAAUUUGAACAUGAAUUGAGGUUUACUCAACUCGAUUCCAACUUGAGAACAAGAAAUCAUUUUUUUUUAUCUUGCAACUUAUUGAACUUUAAGUUUGGUAGCCAAAUAUCAAGAACUAGAAAUGAAAACUAGGGCAGAAAAUUAUGCUAUUUGACCCUGUAGCAGUCUCAUUUGUAAUCUCUGCCCCCUCCACCUCAUCUUGAGUUGGCAUUUUAAAUUCUGUGACGUUACAUCUUGAAAAUAACGGUUAAAUCUUUAUUUUUGCUUUUCACACUUCAUGCAUAUUUAACGGCAUACCUGAACGAUUUAAAAUUUGUGUGAAUAGAGUAGAAAGAUAAGUGAUAGCAACUCACAAACAAUGGAACAAAUAAACCGCCAAUCCCCAUCCCUUGAACUAUUGCGCAAUAUGAUCAUGUAAUUUUAUUUUGUUUGGACGUUUGCAUUCGUCCCAUUCCACAAGAAGCUUGUCGCUUGUCUCGCUCGGCAACUCCGAGCAAACAUUAUCAUGCACAAAUCCAAACAUGUAGAAGUAUUUUUGUGUUCUUUUUUCACAUAUCUGUAACGUAGAUCGAUUUUUGUGUUCUUAAAGUAUUCUCAACUGUUAUGUUACGGACGGAUGGAUCCACAAACCGCGAGGAAAGGUGAAUUACAAAGAGCCUUAGUUUCACCGGUUUUAUAUCAGCUUUUAAAUCAUGUAUGUUAAGGAAUCUGCAUUCCUUUUGUUCCUCUUUUUUUCAGAAAUACAACUGUCCGAUCACUAAUUGGUUUGAUUGCAUCUUUUUAUUAAUGCAACUCUAAAGACAUUUUAAUGUUUGCCAGGUAAAUAUUAGGAAAGGACAAGUGUUCAUUAUUUGUUCUUUAGCCCAGCCUUCUAAGUAGUGUAGCUGUGUAGUAACCGUGGAAAUCAUGUCGUGUAAGUUAGAUGCGUAAGAAAAGUAAGAGAUGAAGAGUCAAGUAACCUGAAGGUUCUGCAGAGAGCCGUGUUGGAUCCUUCUAACUGCAUAGGCAGUCCCGUGCACAAUCAGCAUUUUAGAUCACUGCUCGAGGCUUCCUUUCGUGCGGGGCAAAUGACCCGCACGGCCCUCUGCCGCCUCUUUGGUUCGCGUUGCUAACCCUGGCAACGAAACUCUCCUUCUUGCUCAUUCGAUAUUUUUUUAUGCAUCUGUCGCAUUGCUUACCCUCACCUAUGUUAUUCCUGAUCGAGAGUGCUGGCAGUUAGUCGGCUGCAACAUUUACAGGGAUGAAAGAA